AUGGAUAAGACUGCGUUAAAAUCUUGGCUAAUAUUAGCUUACUGUUUGGCACUGAUACUGGCCGGAGCACAUGCCAAUUUACAACAAAGCAGCAACAGUGGAAGCGAUAAUGGCAUUGCGGCAGCUACCACAUUUAGUGGCACACCUGAGGAGGAGGAAGGCGAAAAUGUGGUACUGGUAAAUAAAUGCUGUGAAAAGUUUGAAAUACGCAUUGACUCCGUAUGCAGUCAAGUCAAUGAAAGUGAAUAUUUCCAACCCAUGUUCACAAGUUAUGGCGGUGAACAUAAUAUGCCGGUAAAAUUUAAAUUCGUUAUUGGUUUGCCAGCUUGUGGUUCGAUGCAAACUUGGCCCAUAUAUCAUUAUCAAGGUAGUCCGGAUAAAUUGGUGCUAUUGGAAGAUGGUAAAUUGCGCCACUAUACCAAUACCAAAGAGGAGGAAGAAAGUGUCGAUUAUGCCGAACAAUUUGCCGAUGAAGUGUCUAAACCAUUAUUUUAUGAUUAUGGAAGGAAUCAAUAUUGCAUAGAUAGGGCAAUUUCAACAUCCGGAGAUCAUAGACAGGUCUUGUUUGCCAACAUUUGCUUAGCCAAAAAGGAAUUGAAAUGGUCCGAUACGAAUUUUCUAAUGCACAAAGUAUUGAAUCCAAUUUUUCAUGUCAUAUCGCUGAUCAUUUUAUUGAUUAUAGCAAUAGUAUAUUUUAUAUUACCCACCUUAAGAGAUUUGGUUGGUAACAUAGUCACUACAAUUGCCGUUUGUCUAAUGGUUAGUCAAGUGGCAGAUCUUGUACGAAUUUUCACUGAAUUUACAAAUCAUGUCAGCUUCAUUGUCGCUGAUAUUAUAUUGUAUUUCAGUAUAUUGGCUGCAUUCUUUUGGCUGAAUAGUUUUGGUUAUUAUAUUUGGAAAACUUUUCGAUCACGUAAUGUCUUCUUAAGGGUAACCGAUGCACGUAAAUAUUGUUAUUAUUCGGUAUAUGCCUGGGGCACAACGGCAUUUAUGGCAGCUAUGGCGGUAUUUGCACAUUUCUUUUUGGAUGCCGAUACAUAUAAGAAACAAAAUACUUUAGCCGAUCAAGAAACAAUGGGUUGGUUGGGCAUUGCUAUAUUUUUUGCUCCAAUUGCCUGUACCAUACUCAUUGAUAUAUUCUUUUAUGUGACAACAUUGAAAUUAAUAAAUCGUCGUAAUGUUUAUGGUAGAAUACAACAUAAACUGAAAGCCAACUUUAUAAUGUUUGCAUUUAUGCUGUUGAUUAUGAGUGCCGAAUGGCUAUUCCUGUGUCUGUCGUGGCUUAAAUUCGAAGGACUGUUAUAUACACAUAUUAUAGUCAAUGCCUUACAAGCUCCCUUGCUAUUGUAUGUUUGCGUUCUGAGACAAAAACAUGUUACAUUUCUUUUAAAGAAAUCAUGUUGCUACAAUGAACCGCCUUCGUCCAAUGAUUGGGGUGAUGAAAUGCGUUACAUGAAUUGUAAUGAUUAUUAA